AUGGCAUUGCUGUGUGGCCUUGGGCAAGUCACUCUCCGUCUCUGGGUCCCACUUCCUUCCCAAUCCAAAAAUGGGAUUGGAUUCCGUGCAGCUGGGGCAUUCCUCAGGAGCGGUGGCAUGGAGGGUCUCACCACUCAGCUGGGGCCAGGUCGUGAGGGCAGCUCCUCGCCCAACUCCAAACAAGAGCUGCAGCCCUAUUCGGGUUCCAGCGCCCUCAAACCGAACCAGGUGGGCGAGACAUCGCUGUACGGGGUCCCUAUCGUGUCGCUGGUCAUCGACGGCCAGGAGCGCCUGUGCCUGGCUCAGAUCUCCAACACCCUCCUCAAAAACUACAGCUACAAUGAGAUUCACAACCGCCGCGUGGCCCUGGGCAUCACGUGCGUGCAGUGCACGCCGGUGCAGCUGGAGAUCCUGCGCCGGGCCGGGGCUAUGCCCAUCUCAUCCCGCCGCUGCGGCAUGAUCACCAAGCGCGAGGCCGAACGGUUGUGCAAGUCUUUCCUAGGCGAGCACAAGCCACCCAAGCUGCCUGAGAACUUCGCUUUUGAUGUGGUACACGAGUGUGCCUGGGGCUCACGGGGCAGCUUCAUCCCCGCGCGGUACAAUAGCUCCCGGGCCAAGUGCAUCAAGUGCGGGUACUGCAGCAUGUACUUCUCACCCAACAAGUUCAUCUUCCACUCGCACCGCACUCCCGACGCCAAGUACACCCAGCCAGAUGCCGCCAACUUCAACUCCUGGCGCCGGCACCUCAAACUCAGCGACAAGUCGGCCACGGACGAGCUGAGCCACGCUUGGGAGGACGUCAAGGCCAUGUUUAACGGUGGCACGCGCAAGCGGACCUUCUCGCUGCAAGGAGGCGGCGGCGGAGGCGCUAACGGCGGGUCAGGAGGGCAGGGCAAGGGUAAUGCCGGGGGCAGCGGCGGCCCAGGAUGCGGUGCCGAGAUGGCCCCCGGCCCACCGCCCCACAAAAGCCUGCGCUGCGGAGAAGACGAGGCCGCCGGGCCUCCGGGUCCACCUCCUCCCCACCCGCCGCGCGGACUGGGGCUGGCGCCAGGAGCCAGCGGCCCAGCGGGCCCAGGCGGUCCUGGAGGCGGUGCGGGCGUUCGUAGCUACCCGGUAAUCCCAGUGCCCAGCAAAGGGUUCGGUCUCCUGCAAAAGCUCCCCCCACCACUCUUUCCGCAUCCUUACAGUUUCCCCACGGCCUUCGGCCUAUGCCCCAAAAAGGACGACCCAGUGUUGGGCACGGGUGAGCCCAAGAGCGGCCCUGGUGCAGGGAGCGGCAGCGGGGCCGCGGGCACUGGAGCGAGUGGCCCGGGAGCAGGCCACUUGCCCCCGGGAGCAGGGGCGGGCCCGGGCGGCGGCGCCAUGUUCUGGGGACAUCAACCCUCCGGGGCAGCCAAGGACGCAGCGGCAGUGGCUGCAGCGGCAGCAGCCGCCACCGUGUACCCGACGUUCCCCAUGUUCUGGCCAACCGCAGGCAGCCUCCCUGUGCCACCUUACCCGGCCGCACAGAGCCAGGCCAAGGCGGUGGCGGCUGCAGUAGCAGCAGCGGCAGCGGCAGCGGCCGCGGCUGCUGGCGGUGGCGGCCCAGAGCCCCUGGAUGGCGCCGAACCAGCCAAAGAGGGCGGCCUUGGUGCGGAGGAGCGCUGCCCGAGCGCGCUGUCCCGCGGGCCUCUGGACGACGACGGCGCGGACGAGGCGCUCCCGCCACCCUUGGCGCCCCUGCAGCCCCCGCCGCCUCCGCCGGCGCGCAAAGGCUCCUAUGUGUCCGCCUUCAGACCGGUGGUCAAGGACGCCGAGAGCAUCGCCAAGCUCUACGGCAGCGCCCGCGAGGCCUAUGGCGCAGGGCCUGCGCCUCCCCCUCGUGCGCCGGGGCACGGCCCGGGGACUGGCGGCGGCUACGUGAGCCCGGACUUUCUGAGCGAGGGCAGCUCCAGCUACCAUUCUGCCUCGCCCGACGUGGACACCGCGGACGAGCCCGAGGUGGACGUGGAGUCCAACCGCUUCCCGGACGAGGAGGGCGCCCAGGACGACGCCGAGCCCAGUGCACCCAGGGCGCCCAGCGCGGGAGGCGGUCCCGACUGUGACCCGGCUGGCGGGCCCGCGUCCGCCACCUCUUCGGGCGCCGACGGUCCCACAGACUCUCCAGACGACGGUAGCCCCCGCCCACGGCGUCGCCUCGGGCCACCCCCAGGUCGGUCGCCGUUUGGGGACUUGGCAGCAGACGAUGUGGUGCGGAGACCUGAGAGGAGUCCGCCGAACGGCGGCUACGAGCUGCGAGAGCCUUGCGGGCCCCCGGGAGGCCCCGCGACGGCCAAGGUGUACGCGCCCGAGAGGGACGAGCACGUGAAGAGCGCGGCGGCGGCGACGUUGGGGCCCGCGGCCUCCUUCCUCUGCGCCCACGAUGCCCACGAGCCAGAUAAAGAAGACAAUCACUCGACCGCCGAUGAUUUGGAAACGAGGAAAUCCUACUCAGACCAAAGGAGCAUCUCCCAGCCAAGCCCCGCGAACACAGACCGAGGGGAAGACGGGAUCACCUUGGAUGUCACAGGAACUCAACUGGUGGAGAAAGAUAUUGAAAACCUGGCCAGAGAGGAGUUGCAAAAAUUGCUCCUGGAGCAAAUGGAUCUCCGCAAGAAGCUGGAGAGAGAAUUUCAGAGUCUCAAAGAUAAUUUUCAGGAUCAAAUGAAGAGGGAAUUGGCUUAUCGAGAAGAAAUGGUGCAACAGCUGCAAAUUGUCAGAGACACCCUCUGUAACGAACUGGACCAGGAGCGGAAGGCACGCUAUGCCAUCCAGCAGAAAUUAAAAGAAGCCCACGACGCCCUGCACCACUUCUCCUGCAAGAUGCUGACGCCCCGCCACUGCACCGGCAACUGCUCCUUCAAGCCCCCACUGUUGCCCUAG